CUAGCUAGGAGGGGGACGAUUUAUUUGGGCGCACAAAAACAGCGCGUCAUUUCCGGUCUAUUUCGGUUACCAAAACAAACAUGGCGGGUACCAGGCAGUUCGGCAGUUUUUUGGCUGUUUCGGCGCGACUUCUCCGUCCUGGACUACAGAGUGGUGGUUUUCACUGGCUUUCACAAGACACCGUAGUCAAGAGCAGAUUUCCUCAAAACCCCCACUGGGUUGUCCCUGAAAGGAGCAUGUUCGUGCAGACGCAGGACACACCAAACCCAAACAGCCUCAAGUUUCUGCCCGGACGCAUCGUUAUGGAGUCCGGGACGAUGAAUUUUGAUGGUCCACGUGAUGCAUACACAUCACCUUUAGCCAGACAGCUAUUUAGAAUUGAUGGUGUAAAGAGUGUUUUCCUGGGUCCCGACUUCAUCACCAUAACCAAGACUGAUGCAAAUCUGGAAUGGAAAGUAAUCAAACCGGAUGUAUUUGCUGCAAUUAUGGACUUUUUCACCUCUGGGCUUCCUGUCGUCAAUGAAGAUGCUAAACCAAGUGAAGAUACAGCACCAUCAGAUGACGACGAUGAGGUAGUUGCGAUGAUCAAAGAACUGCUUGACACUCGAAUAAGGCCCACUGUGCAGGAGGACGGGGGCGAUGUUGUGUUUCGAGGUUUUGAGGACGGCGUGGUUAAACUGAAGCUGCAGGGAUCCUGCACCAGUUGUCCCAGCUCCAUUAUCACAUUAAAAAGUGGAAUCCAAAACAUGUUGCAGUUUUACGUCCCCGAGGUUGAAUCGGUUGAACAGGUAAAGGAAGAGGAAGAGGCUGCUCAAGUUUGACUGACAUUCAACAAGGACAACAUGCGCACAUUCUUCCCUGCAUUGUCCAAUAAGAAGCACUCAUGUGGCUAAUAUAUACUAUUCAUGCAUUAUCAUCAGCUGCAUUUGAGGUUUUUGCACAUUAAACACGUCUUCCUGUCAGUAUAGGAAUUUAUCAAGCUAUUCCAAAUGGCUUUGAUAUUUUAAACGCACAAUAUUUAUGUGAAUAAAGUUUACUCAUAAAUAACCUUA